AUGACUCAGCUUCCUAACCUGUUGCGCCCACGUGUUGAAGUUCCAAUGAGUACUUCCACAAUCCAUUCAAGGGCAUUAUACAACCCAAACACAGUAAGAGGUACUUUUCCUAAGCCAAAUAGACCUGCAGCUCAAAAUCCGACAGCAGAAUACAAAACUUUAACAAGAGGAGAGCAUAUUUCAGCAGAAUCAAGAGUCGACGAUAUUCUUAAGGGUGCUCCACUCACAUCGAUACCACUCGAAAAUGUUAAUCAAGUUAUCAUCACACUCAAAGAAAGAAAACGCCAAGCUACAUUAGCAGGAAAUUACCACCUUUCUCAACAGAUUGUUGAUUUAAUCCAAAAGAUUAACUCCAUCGUUAUUCAGAGAAAGCAUGCUCAAAUGAAGUCUCAGGAAAUCAAAGCCUUAGAAAUCCAACUUCAACAAGCUGAAAACUCCCUUAAGAAGACAAUUGAGCAAUGGAAUCAGAAAGUUACUGAUUUCAACCGUACUCAAUCUUCAUCUGCUCGUAGGCUUGAGAGGACACAGCUUACAAGGCUUCAGGAUAAUGAUUCACGCCCAAUUGAUGAGCUCCCAUCUUCGUAUUUGAAGCCUUCUCCAGCAUUAUUAGAUCUUCGUGAAAGAGAACGUCAUCUCGUUUUAACAAAGCGCUACGAUGAAGCUACAGCCCUUCAUAAGGAAGGCAACAAGAUGGAAAAGAUCGAGGAACUCGAGAAGAAGAGAAUCUUCCUUCAGACACAGAAAAGACAACGCCAACAGCUUCUUGCUGCUCAGGAUAGAGAUGUUGCAGGCUUCAAGGAGCGUUGGAUGCGCUCAGCUGAUAAGCUUAACCAAACAAUGGAUGCUGAAGUUGCUCAACAACAAAAGAUUGUUGAUAACAUUAGGAAGAAACUCGAGGAUGCAAAGAAGGAAGCAUUGUAA